UAAAAAGCGCUCUGAAACCAGUAGACAACAUUCAUUCCUCAUAAACACGGGAAGAAGAAGGAUCAGUUCUCUUUGGAUUUUGCUAUAAACAACAUGAAGGGACUUCAGGUUUUGUUCGUCUGCUGUCUGACAGUUGUUGCCUUUGCACAGGAUAAAAAUGGAGGAAAUAAGCGAUUCUUUGGAGGAUUAAACCCAGGUUUUGGUGGAGGUUUCGGUGGUGUUAAUCCAGGAUUUGGAGGUGGCAUCAACCCAGGCUUUGGAGGAGGAUUCGGAGGAGUUUCCAACACCUGCAGACGUUGGUGCCGAACUCCCGAGGGACAGGCAUACUGCUGCGAGAGCAACAAUGAGCCCGACACCAUUCCCUUCGUAAAGCCAGGUGUAUGCCCUCCCGUGAGGCCUCAGUGCCCACCCGUCAGGACCUUUGCCCCUCCACAAACCUGCUCCAACGACAGCAAGUGCGGAGGCGUCGACAAGUGCUGCUACGACAGGUGUCUUGAGGAGCACGUGUGCAAACCCCCUGUUGGGUCUUCCGGCUUCGGUGGAUUCGGUUUUGGAAGAUAAUUCCUGACCGUCCCUGAGUUACUAUCAUUGUAAUUUAUACUCCAUUUCAUUAUUUUACAUUCAAAAAUGCCAAAGAUAUCAGACAUCAAUAAAUAUUCAUAAGUCA